AUGUACGACGAAGUGGCAGCAUCGUGGAUCCGUCAUGGGAAGAACAACUGGGUCCUUUGCGAAGCGGACGGGUUAUCGAAUGGGCAGCAUACAAUCCGAGUAGACGCGACGGUCAGCUCGCAGACGUUCUGGUUCGAUCGCAUUCAAUACGUCCCUUCCUCCAGUGUCAACACCGACCAGGCGCUGGUCUUGAUGGACGACACCGACUCGCAGAUACAGUACGGAUCAGGGUGGUCGCGGCUGAGGGACAUCGUUACGAUGACGUCGACCAGAGGAUCCAGCGCCUCCAUAACCUUCAUUGGUACAUCCCUUUCCUGGUACGGCUUCAUUCCGGGAAAUGACAUCCCCGGUGCUCCAGCAUCAGCAACCUACUCCAUCGACGGAGGAACGCCCGUCACCUUCCAACUGAGAGGGCUCGCCUCGGGCGCCUUGGAACUCUACAACCAGGUCUUCUUCCAAACGGGCCAACUCUCGGCGGGACGGCAUACAGUCGAGGUAGUACACCAGGGAAACAGCGGUACGACACCGCUGACACUCGACUACUUCAUCAUCCAAAACUCCCCCGGCGCUUCCUCCGACCCGACGACUCCUACGACCACGGUGGGCACGAACCCCGGCUCUGGGUCCAGCUCGAGCUCUUCUGCGAACUCGGCGUCCUCUACGUCGUCAGGCUCUUCAACGUCUUUUUCUUCCACCCUUCCUACAGCCACAGACUUCGGAAACGGAUCACCCGUACCCUCUUCCUCAACAACCUCCACCGACCUCCCGAACUCGGACAACUCCUUAGGUGGCGGCGACGGUGCAGAAAAGAGCAAAAUCUCGGCAGGGGCAAUCGCAGGCGGGGUAGUCGGCGGGCUUGUCGCCCUCGCCCUUGCAGCGUUCAUCAUCUUCCUCUGUCUCCGCCGCCGGAGAAGGAAGCGCGAGUCCGUCGACCUCAUCGGUACGCACACUGCCGAGGUUGCUGAGCCGUUCAUGGGCCACCCGACGAUGGCGGGCUCUGCGAGCGUCGUCGAGCCAUUCACAGGGAGGCCAACGACACCUGGGGAGUACAAUCCGUACCUAGGAUCGGGCUCCGACCCGGCGACCUCGCCCCAGAGUGGGGCCUCGCCGCACGGGUAUGGCGGUUCGAGCAAAUUCGCAGGUGGAGGUUAUGGUGCGGCUGGGUAUGGUGCUGCAGCUGGGUACGGUGCGGCUGCGGCUGGUGGUUAUGGUCCCGUCCCCGGGCAGGCGCCCCAGCCGGUGAGGUAUCAAGGAAGCGCGUCUUCAGGGCCUUCGGUCGCGAACUACUCGACGACGGACGAUUCGCAAGCCAACCUCCUCGGGUCGGCAAAGGCACGCGAGGCUGCAGCUGAGGCGGCGGCGGCGGUGGAGUCGGCUUCGGGGUCGGGCAGCCCAGGGCAUUCACCACAGCCCUCUGCGUCGUCUCCAGCAGGCCCGUCAGCACCCCGGUUCGUACGUCAUGAAGAUAGUGGGCUGAGGCUCCCCGCAAGGGAGAGCAGUAAUGUUGUUGAGUUGCCGCCCCUUUAUACGCCUGGUUAG